GUGUAGUGAAGCGCCAUUUUGAAAGUUGUCGUUGGUUUACGUACGUUUGUGGCGCUGAAUCUGAGCGCCAUCCUCGCCAUCCAUUGCCAAAAAGCUGAUGCAGAUCACUUAGACGAAAUUUCAGACAUUCCUUAGUAUUUUAAAAGUCGUAUUUCUGCUCUGUGUCAUGGCUGGGACUGGCGAGGUACAGUGGUGUUUUUCGCAGGUCAAAGGAACAGUCGAAGAAGAUGUAACUGAAGCGGAUAUUAUAUCAACUGUUGAGUUUAACCAUGAUGGAGAAUUACUAGCAACUGGAGAUAAGGGUGGACGUGUUGUCAUUUUCCAGCGCGAUCAGGCAACAAAAAAUUCUGGUCCUCGUCGUGGGGAAUAUAAUGUAUACAGCACCUUCCAGAGCCAUGAACCUGAAUUUGACUACUUAAAAAGUUUAGAAAUAGAAGAAAAAAUUAAUAAGAUUAAAUGGCUACAAAGACAGAAUAAUGCACAUUUUUUGUUAUCAACAAACG